UGUUACUUCGGGAUAUGUAUCUUCCUCGUUAUAAUAUAUAAAUUUUAUUUCGAUAACGUUCAACUACUUUUCUUUACCAUUCUUGCGAUGUAGCUAAACGAGGAAUAUUUUCUUUCAAAAAAUAAGAAUGGUGUUUAACUUUUAAUAUACGCAUUUCACGCGCGUGCGUGCGCAUAUGACCUAACCUAUAGAAGAUGCUUUUCAUCAAGAUAUAUUUGGAGUUUACACACGAUAUGCACACACGUGACAGUCGAUAAAGCAAUCAAUUUUAUAGUUUCGAUAUUUCUCAUAUUAUGGAAAAUAAAAGACUUUCAGUUUGGUCAAGAGGAAAAAGUGUUUAUUUUUUUUUAUUUAAAGGUUGCUAGUUGAAAGUAUUUUUUUAUCCGUAAAACGAUCCCGUGGAUAUUCUUCGAACAAACAUCGAAAAAUAAAAGUCACAAGAGGUAGGUAACGGCGGUAACGCAUGAUUUGUCGAGAUAUAAAUUCAAAGUACCAACAGAAGUAAGAAAAUAAGAAAAAUAAUAUCGAACACUUGCAAUUGAAUGCAACAACAAGGCGUUGAUGCGCAAUCGACUAAUUUAAUCGGACGCCAUCUCGUGCUAUGCAAAGGUAUCACCUAAAAUAAGUAGUUUUCCAGCUCAGAUCCGACAUUCGCUUAAACGCAAUCAACUACACGAAGAGUUGUGACGGGUUACAAUCCACCGCGAACCACGAUAGUCAGAAAUAGGCAAGAGGAACAAGGAGGACACGUAAAACAUGGCGGAAGCCGUUAUGAACGGGUCUUCACUGUCCCGAUUUUUUUGUCACAGAUGCAAUAUCGAAAUUGAAGGUUUACUACCUGAUUACACAUGUCCAAGAUGUGCAAGUGGUUUCAUAGAAGAAUUGGAAAGUGGUAGUAACGACAGUAGCUCAGGAAUAGAUUUUAGUCACUUAAUUGAAGAUUUAGGUGACAUCGAUGAUUUAUCAACAUAUAAUUACCCAAACUUUAAUGACUUAGAACGUUAUGACCUAGAACAUGAUGAAUUAGAAUUUGAUGAGUUACCAGAACUGACAUUGCGUCUACCUAGUCCUAGACCAACAGCAAAUGCUCCCAACAGAAAUAAUGUUCUUCCUGGUAGAAGAGGAGUGAAUUGGACCAGAAGUAAUUCCGACACGAGCCUUUCUGGCAGUCGUCGUCGAGGACCGCAAGCUAGAAUUAUACCGAACUUAUUACGAGAUUUUCUACUUCAUCUCGCAAGAGCAGGUCCAGGUCAUCCACAGAAUAGGCAACCACCUGUAUUCAAUAUUAGACUGUUCUUGGGAAAUCCCGGAGAUUAUGUUUGGGGUCAGAAUGGUUUGGAUACAAUUGUAACACAAAUGUUAAAUCAACUGGAUGGAGCCGGACCACCUCCUUUGCCAAGGAAACAAAUCGAUGAAAUACCAACUACAUCUGUAACUCAGUGUCAAGUUGAUAGUAAACUCCAGUGUUCUGUUUGUUGGGAAGACUUCAGAGUUUUGGAAGCAGUCAAACAACUUCCCUGUCAACAUUUAUUUCACUCGCCAUGCAUUGUACCAUGGUUAGAAUUGCAUAGGACUUGCCCUAUUUGUAGACAGAGAUUAGGAGGUCAAACCUCUCCAGAAGCAAAUCAAGAUAUUGUUGGAUCUAGCUUAGCGGCUCUGUUUAGGGCGGCGAAUGAAUCAAACAGUACUAGCUCAUCGUCUACAUCAUCAACGAGUGAGAAUCGAUCUUCUAGCAGAAACUCUAAUUCGGAAUAUGUACCGUUGUACAAUUCGGAAGACAAUAUUUCGGAGACUGGCUCACUCUUUGACUACACAGAGGAACUGAAAAAUAUUUUACAGGAACCUAGAACCGAGUCUGAUUGUAUGUCAAACAGUAACAUUGUACUGCCCGAGUUCUAUGAGCCUAAGUGUUGUAUUAAAAUAGAAAAAGAAGAAGUAGAAAAUUUGUUGGACGCAGAAACUUUGAACCAAAGUGAAGUCGUUCAAAAAACGAUUGACAUUAAAACAGAAAAUUAUGAUGUUGACGUUAAGACUGAAGUUAGAUCAGUGACCCCAGUAUUAACGGCGGAAGUAUUGCCGGGAUCGCAGAAAUCCAUUACCCCGGAGAAUCGUGUAAACGUUUUGCAACAAAUUUCUUACGAUUCCAUAAAAAAAUCUCAUAGAAAGAAUAAGGGCGUAAAUAGGAAGCAAUUUUUUAGUUCAAAAGUUUUACCGUGUAAACUUGAGGCCGCGGAACAAGACGACGGGGACUGCUUGGAAAAUUCCGAGCAUGAUCAAAGCAUCGAUGAAAGUAAAUUAAUCGUGGAUGAGAAUAAUCUUGAUACAUUGGAGAUGGAACGAGCAUGUACGCCUGAGAAGGUAAAUUCCAGCAGAUUAUUACUGUCGCAAUUCAGUUCUGUUAAAAGAUCGCACAAAAAAGAUAAACAUACAAAAAUAUUAUCUGGAUUUUUGAAACGACAAGAAUAUUUUAACAAAGAAAUAGAUUUCGAUAGGGACACUAAGGAUAAAGCGUUCGAUAUCGACGAUGGGCUCGGAUUUAAAAAGAGCACGGAAGAUCUUUCGGAUUUCGAUAACACUGCAAACUCUAACGAUUCCAGUUAUCUACUUAACAUGUCGUCGGAUACAUCAUCUCCAAGUAAAAGAAAAAUAUCGUUGAACACGUCAUCGGAUCGUGAUGCAAAUGCAUCGUACGAUUCUGAAUUGCAAGAGUGCGAUGUGCCUCAGGAGGAAUUUCAAAUUUUUACACCACUUAAAAGAAAAAGAUCUUUAAUUGCACCGGCCGCGAAAGAGUAUUUACAUUUUUAUGAUUUACCGUCCGGGAAUGAUGAAAUUUCAGAAGAAGCCAUCGCGAAUGUCAGUUUCUCGAGGUGUUUGACGCCCGUACCGAGUCUACAGGAAAAUUACAUGAAAUCGGGAGAAAAUCAUCUCGCGACGGUAAAAUCUGAUAACGUUGGUUCAAACGAUAAGACUGGCAGAUCGACGCCAAGGAACAUGUCGACCGAAGAAUUGUACAACAAUUUAGAUUCCAUUAAAAAAUCGCACAAGAAGAAUAAACGUGGUAAUAUUUUACGAAAAGGCUUCGACUCGAUUAGAAAUAAUCUUUGCGAGGGAAAGGGCCAGAUUUCGUCGGACAAUAUCAAAGAAGAGAUAUGCGAGAAAUUGGAAAUAUCGAACGAUAGUAUCGCGGUGUACGAUGCAAAUAAAUCGGCCACCGAUGAAUCGAUCGACCACGAUAACUUCGAAAGUUUGAGCAGCAGUUCUGCCAGCGACCAGAACUUGUCGACUACUGAUCCAACCACGGCGUUACAAAAUGUGACGCCACCGAACAGUUUCAAGGCGAAAAAUUAUCUCAGAGUAUUGCAAGAAACAUCUAUUAAGCGAUCGCAUAAAAAGGUCCGGGAUCAAAAGAAGCACAACUUCAAAAUCGAUACGAACGAAUUGUCGGACGAUGGAUCAAUAUUUGGAGACAGUGAUGAAUUAGUUUGUAUGGACGAACAGCCUGCUCGGGAGUAAUGAUGGUCGUGUUGAUAUAAAGAUUUUCGAUGAUAUAAAAUAGAUAACUUACUAGUGACGUGGUAAGUGUAGUUUUAAUAAUUCCUACACGAUUAACACGUAAUACGUACAUCGGAUACAUGUUUAGAAACUUGGAAAAGUUAUUGAGCGUCUGCAGUUUUUUGUCUGGCUAUAUUGAUUUAAUUAGAUUUCUGCUUAAAUCAGUCUAUUCAGCUCCAAACACUUCUAAUACAUGCUCUCCGCCGUAUCGGAGUUAGUUUCUUUUUAUUCUUGAUUUCAUGUAUAUACAUACGAAAUCGCGAAUGGCGCGAUUCAACAAUCGUUGCGCAAACACGUAUACCCAAACUGACAAUAUCUAUUUUCGAUUGUGAUUUACUGUAUCAUUUAGUAAUAUUGUGGCACACGCAUAGUUCGAGCGCGUUUGCACACGCGGUGUGCUAAUAAACAAUUGAAUCUAUGAUGAAAUCAUAGAAUCGUGUUAUUUGUUAAGAAUUCUCAGUGAAUUUUGAUCACUUCAUUUUUAAGACUGGCUUUGUGUACAAUUGUCUCGUCCCGCAUAAACAUUAAAUUGUAUAUAUUUUGAUGAAACAUUAUGCGAAAUAGUAUUCGUAAAAUAAUGGGACAGGAAAACAAAUAGGAUACUCUUUGUGUUUUUUGUUAAUUGUUUCAGCAUUGUUCUAGUGUAAAGUUUUUCUUUUUUCAAGUUUCAUAGCAUUUAUGUAAUGUAUUGAUACGAAUAAAAGCAGUACGUGACUAGCAGUAAUUGAUUCUUAGUUUCAUUGUUCAAACAUUAACUUCGGAAAUUCUAUACGAGCCACCGAUUAAGAUAAAUGUUAGUUCUGAUAAAAGUAUAUGUAUUAUCAGUAAUAGCAUUACUUUUCUUUUAUAUGUUUCAACGAUUUUUAAGUGCCUUAACCUAAGUAUGUUUGCGUAAUCCGCAUAAUGGGAAGUCUAAUUGACUAAGUAAUACUUAAGCAAUUAAAUCGUUAAAAAAAAAAUAUAAUGGGAAGCAAAGUUUGCAGAUGGUAAUCUUUGUUGCAAUACGCGUGUGCAUUACGAUUCUGUAUAGCAAGUAACAAUCGGGCGUUAUAGAGUAUAGCAGUGGAACUGUACCCUUUGCGUUCUCCAUAAAUAUGAUUUUUCGAUAUUAUACUUUACUCACAAAGAGAAGUUGCACCCAAAGUUGGGCAAAUUUUAUUCACGAAUAACGAAUACAGAAGUUUGGAUAAAAUCGCCGACUCCACAGAUGCGACUUCUCCUUGUCAGUGUCUUCCUUUUCUAACAUUGCCGAUGUUAACCGAUAUACAGGGUGUUCGGACACUCCUGGGAAA